AUAGAACAGAGAAGGGGCGAGUCGGAGCCUGAGAGGCCUCCACGAAGUCUAAUUUUCCAUUCCUGCGGAUACAAACUUGCCCACGUCACACACACUCUCUCAAUACUUUUCUUCAAUCUCACAUUUCGUCAUUGCUAACCCUAACAUAACAAAUCUAUUUCAUGUAUUCAAUUUCAUCAUUCAUAAGUGUAUAGCAUACAUAAUCAUAUCCUAAUAGUGAUUAUAUAAAUUAAUAAUGAUGCGAUCCUUACUGAGAGAGAAUGGAUUGAAAUGGUUGGCGAGUGAUGUGGCAAUUGGUUGGAAUAACAAGAAUCUGUUGAGAUGUAUUGUUACGAGCUGUAGAGCGGUGGUGCUUCCGCGGUUUGGCGCUGCGGAGGUGAUGGAGAUUCGUGAUGAUGUUAGUGUUCCCACUCUUAAGCCUCACGAGGUCCUUGUUCGUGCUCGUGCUGUCUCUGUCAAUCCUCUUGAUACUAGAAUGCGAGCUGGUUAUGGCCGUUCGUUAUUUCAGCCUCUGUUGCCAAUAAUAUUGGGUCGUGAUGUUAGUGGUGAAGUAGCUGAUGUUGGAAGUUCUGUCAAGUCACUUCGUGUUGGGCAGGAAGUAUUUGGUGCUCUUCAUCCAACUGCUGUGAGGGGUACCUAUGCGGACUAUGUUAUUCUUUCUGAAGAUAAACUUGCUCCAAAACCUUCAUCGAUUUCACACGUGGAAGCAAGUGCCAUUCCUUUUGCUGCAUUGACUGCAUGGCGUGCUCUAAAAAGUACGGCCAGAAUAACAAAAGGGCAAAGGGUACUAGUGAUAGGUGGAGGAGGAACAGUAGGUUUUGCUGCAGUUCAGCUUGCUGUGGCCGCAGGCUGUCAUGUGUCAACAACAUGUGGUGAUGAAAGUAUUGAUCGGCUUUUGGCAGCUGGUGCAGAGCAGGCUAUUGAUUAUACUUCUGAGGAUGUAGAAGUAGCCAUUAAAGGACAUUUUGAUGCUGCGUUGGACACAAUUGGUGUGGCAGAGACUGAAAGAGUAGCAAUAAGUCUCCUAAAGCGAGGUGGACACUAUAUGACAUUACAGGGAGAGGCUGCAUCAUUGACUGACAGAUAUGGAAUAGCUGUCGGCCUUCCUCUGGCUACAGCCAUAUUACUGAAGAAACAGAUUGAAUAUCGAUACCGUCAUGGAAUAGAAUAUUGGUGGACAUUCAUGCGAGCUGAUCCUGAAGGUUUGCAUGAGAUUCGGAAACUGUCGGAGGCUGGAAAGUUGAAGAUACCUGUAGAGAAAAUCUUACCAAUCACAAAAGUGAGAGAAGCUCACGAAGACAAAGAUCGGAGAAAAGUUAUUGGCAAAGUUGUGCUGGAAGUUGACUGAUCCAAACUCUAGUCUUAAUCUUAGGAUGUGAGGAUGUUAAACCAUCUUUAUGUAAAUGUUCUUUUAGCAAUUUUGUGCAAAAUCUUACUAUUCCUCCGCACUAAUUUGGCGAUUAUAUAGGCCUUAUAGAAUAAAGCAAAAAAUUUAGAAUGUUCCAUAUUUGCAAAAUAAUAUAAAAAUUGACAUUUAAA